UGUACAAACACACAUACUAAAGCCAAUACUGCUUUUCUGUCAAAUCCCUUUUAAGAUUGGACACCGUCAAUUGCACUUACAUAUGCCACAUAUUUCUGAGGAGAUCAGUUGAUGUAAUUUAUCCUGAUUAAGGUAAGCAUGGAUGACAUCAAGCAUCAUCAGUCAACGAAAGUAUUGGAAAAAUCGUGGAAACUCGUGAACCGCGAGUUAAAAGAGAAGCGGAAGAAAUGGCGAGAAAAGCAGUUGAUGAAGAAAGCUCGGCUUGCUGAGAAUCUGAAAGAACAGAUCUCGUUCGAUCAACGAAGUAUUGACAAAGAAAAGUUGAGGUAUGAGGACUCGUUUAAGGUUAGAAAAGUGUCUACCGUCAGUAUAGCCGUACCAGGCUCCAUCUUAGACAACGCGCAGACGAUCGACCUCAGGUACAAACUUGCCUCGCAGAUAGCACGAGCGGCAUGCAUUUACAAGGUAGACGAGAUCGUGGUUUACGACGACCAAGGAGACAUCGUAGAGGCUGAGAUGAAUAAGCUCAAGAGGGAUGAAGUGCUGGGAGAAGCGAGACCUGGCUGCCUGCAGCUUGCUAGGCUGCUGCAGUACUGCGAGUGUCCACAGUAUCUGAGGAAGAACUUUUUCCCCCAGCACAGGGACCUCGAGAGAGCAGGUAUACUAGACCCUCUGCAUGCGCCACAUCAUCUCAGGAUGGAAGACGGCAGCUUAUUCAGGGAAGGAAUUGUCACUAAUAAACCUGUGAAAGUUGGCAAGGGCUCGCUGGUCAACGUUGGGCUCUCAAGAGACAUUAGGGUGGAUAAAGUACUAGAAAGUGGACUGAGAGUUACUGUAAAAAUUCCAAAAAACCAGGAAAAUCGUGAUAAUCUAAGCGGUACCAUCGUGUCUCCAACUUUGCCAAAAACAGAAACUGGUAUUUACUGGGGAUACACAGUCAGAAUGACGCCUAACAUUUCUGAAGUUUUUGCCAAUUGUCCAUAUCCAGAAGGAUAUGAUUUAUCGAUUGGAACAUCUGACAAAGGAAGUUCUGUGGAUGACGUGAUGUCGAAAAGUUUAAAGUACAAUCAUGCUUUGAUUGUAUUUGGUGGACUGUCGGGUAUUGAAGCAGCUGUAGAAAAUGACUCUAAUUUAAACAUCAGUGAUGCUUCCCUGGUAUUCCACAAGUAUUUAAAUACGUGUCCCAAUCAAGGGUCAAGAACGAUUAGAACAGAGGAAGCUGUUUUAAUUACACUUGCUGAGCUGAGAUCAAAGUUGGAUCCAGAGUUUUCCUCGUUUGAUCAUCCACAGUUUAAUCCUAGAAAAAAAUCUGUGUUUGAAUCAGUGAAAAAAUAGUACAUUACGAUACUAGU